AGGCUACUGACAAAUAUGUGAUGAAACACACCAUUGUGUGUCGAUUGUUCAGUCUUGUAUGGCGAGGGGUGCUUCAGAAAAAACAACAGACAUUUCAAAAAUUGCAAGCGGUGGAGGAAUGACAUAACAUUUCAUUUGUUUACCGGUAAUACCGGUCUUGAACCUUGUAUUUUGAUCUGGUAUACGAAGUCAUCUGUACUGAAAAUUAGUAUACAAAGAGUGACCGAAACGGGAAGUUGAUGACAGAAAAGCACAUGUACAUAUACCAAUGUACACACAUUUUAUUAGUGGUUGAGUCACAUAUAUAUCCAUCGUAUGAAUAGAAAUAAGGACAUUCUGUAUUUCAGAACGGAUGAAGAACAUUCACCACGAUAAAUAAAAUUAUCAUUAUAAAUGGCUGGAUUAAAACACACAAUAACAUUCAUUACUGCUAUUUGUUGGGGGUCAGUCGUAUCCAUAAGUACCAACUGGAGAAGAUCGAUGGAUAUCUGUAGAUUAGGAGAUCAACAGCCUUCAUCUGAGGACAAUGCUACAAAGAAUGGUUCUUGGGUGGGCAAAGUGAAAUAUUCGUUCCCUUGGGGUUACGGGAUUUUACAGAUACAGACGGUCAACAAAAAUAAUACAUGUUCAGAUUGUGAUGCCCAGGGAAAGCAGUGCGAAUUUUGUAAUAAUCGUAUCCAGCUAAAUGGUAGUGUUGCAAUCUUUGAAGUUCUAAGAAGUUUGAAGUCCGGAAGACAUUAUAUACUUGCUGAGUUUGGACCACAAUCUUUAAGAGGACUACCUCCACCCACACAGUGUAUGGUACACAGAGGCGCUUCACAUACCGAAUAUGUCACUUGUAAUGAAAAGUAUGAUGAUGGAUGCCAGGAAUCGGGUGAAAAUGUCGGCAUCUAUAUCACUAUAUGCUUUAGUGAAUGUGGUACUGGUAAAACACAAACAGACAUGGAUUUUGUACAAUGUGACUCUCAAGAAAGCACUGGUGUUGGAAACGGAAUGCCAGCUAAAAAACGAGCAGCGACCCAGAGACCCCCGGCCAGGGGGGUCGGGAUGAAACGUAAUCGUCGGACAACAGCUCAACUCCGGGAACGAAGUCCAAAUCACACGGCCACCUCUUGGACACAUCUCCCUGAGGAGAUCCUCGAUUCCCAAUGGAUAAUGCACAGGAUAGCCCGGUUGAGGAGCAUGAAUAUUGAUGUGGUGUGUGUCCACGUAUACUCUCAAUACAUCAGCCAGCAGGAGAGUUGACAACAGUAUCAAGGACGGAUGCCAAAUCUAGGGCAAUCAACACAUCAUGCAGUACCGCAAAACAGGAAAAAGAAACGAACACAUGUAUUUUCAUUUCAUGUUAACAAAAAUAAAUUUGUGAUAUUGUUAA